AUGUCAAGCCUUCACUCUCAUUCUCAGCUCAAAUCCCCUCGCCAUGUUGAUGAAGCUGUUGAUUCCUUCACCCGCAUGCUCUCCAUGCGUCGCACUCCAUCUAUCAUGCAAUUUAACAAAAUUUUGGGGUCUCUUGCCAAGACCAACCAUUUCUCCCCCGCCAUUUCCCUUUUUCAGCAAUUGCAAGCCAGGGGAAUUGCUCCCUGCAUAGUUACUUUGAGCAUCGUAAUUAAUUGUUGUUGCGGUAUGGGUCGGAUCACCCUCGCUUUCUCUAUAUUCGCCAAGAUUUUAAGGAUGGGUUUUCAGCCUGAUACCAUAACAUUGACAACACUCAUUAAAGGUCUCUGUCUCUGCGGUAAUGUUGAAAAAGCACUGCACUUUCAUGACAGAGUGCUGGCUCAUGGAUUUCGCUUCAACCAAGUCACUUAUGGGACCUUGAUCAAUGGGCUCUGUAAGACCGGACACACAUCAGCUGCUAUUCAAGUGUUGAGAAAGAUCCCACGGUAUGGCAUUGCUCCUAAUGUCGUCAUGUACAGCGCAAUUAUUGAUAGCUUGUGCAAGGUUACGCUUGUAAGUGAUGCUUUUCAUUUAUACUCUGAAAUGCUUGCUAAGGGAAUCUCUCCCAAUGUUAUCACCUACAACACUCUAACUUAUGGAUUGUGCCUUGUGGGCCAACUUAAGGAAGCCAUUGAUUUACUAAAUCAUAUGAUGCUGAAAAACAUUACUCCAAAUGUUCGUACCUAUAAUACUUUGAUUGAUGGACUAUGUAAGGAGGGAAAUAUCAAAGAUGCCAAGAGUGUGUUGGCUGUGAUGACAAAAGAUUCUGUGGAGCCAACUGUGGUUACUUAUAAUUGUUUAAUGGAUGGGUAUUGCUUGGUUAACGAAUCAAACAAGGCAAAAUGCAUAUUUGACACAAUGGCCCAGAGAGGAAUGGCUCCUGAUAUCCAAAGUUACAAUAUUAUUAUUAAUGGCUUGUGCAAAAGUAAAUUGAUGGAUGAUGCCUUGAGUCUCUUUGAAGAGAUGCGUCGCAAGAACUUGGUUCCUAACACGGUAACUUACAAUACUCUAAUUGAUGGCUUGGGAAAAUCAAGGAGAAUCUCUUGUGCUUCAAAGCUUCUUGUUGAGAUGCAUAAUAAAGGUCAACCUGCUAAUAUAAUCACUUACACUUCCUUGUUGGAUGGGAUGUUCAAUAUCAAACAAGUUGACAAGGCACUUGUGUUAUUUAAUCAAAUGAAAAAGAGUGGCAUUGAUCCCAAUAUAUUCACGUAUAAUAUACUUAUUGAUGGCCUAUGUAAAAAUGGAAGACUUAUAGAAGCAAAAGAGAUUUUUCAAGAUCUUUCCAUUAAAAACUAUCAUCCAAAUGUGAGGACAUACACUAUUAUGAUCGAUGGGCUCUGCAAAGAGGGCUUAUUUGAAGAAGCAUUGGCCCUGAUGUCAAAAAUGGAAGACAAUGGUUGCUUACCAAAUGCUGUGACUUUUGAAAUCGUUAUUCGUGCUUUGUUUGAAAAAGGUGAGAAUGACAUGGCAGAGAAACUUCUUCGGGAAAUGAUUGCUAGAGGCUUAUUGAACGGAUGA